AGAAAACCCGCUGGCCUUCAGAAUAAGAGCCCAGCAUCAUAAAAGCUUUAUUGUGAAAGGAUUUGACUUCCUGUAAUACCUGUAGAUAUAAUAUUCAGACACAUUCAGGGAAGUCGACACAUUCGUCCUGAGUCUAAAUAAAUACAUUUUAAAACAGAAGUCAAGACAGGAGCUUUUAUUUUGAAGGCUCGUCGGUGUCGCUUCCUGUGCGGCUGUGCGUGUUGACGUGUGUUGACGCAGCGGGUGGCUGCUGGUGCGUCAGGAGGAGACGGAGAUGCCAUAACAGCAGCAUCAGCUCCGGUUCUGUUCGCUCCGCUCUCACCUGAACCGGCUCCACACCGGGACAACGCUCAUGGUCUGCCCGCCUCACAGCGCCUCAACCCCGGCAUCCAUCCCAGCAGAGGAGCGGCGGCAGCAUCUGGAGCGGAGGAUGCACUGGGGUCUCCCAGCAGGCCUGUGAAGAUGAGUGUGACCUCGUGGUUCCUGGUGAGCAGCUCGGGGACUCGACACCGCCUCCCCAGAGAGAUGAUCUUUGUGGGCCGAGAGGACUGUGAGCUCAUGCUGCAGUCCCGCAGUGUGGACAAACAGCACGCCGUCAUCAACUACAACCCGACUACAGACCAACACCUGGUCAAAGACCUGGGCAGCCUCAACGGGACGUUUGUGAACGACCUGAGGAUUCCUGAUCAGACCUACAUCACCCUCAAACUGUCCGACAUCAUUCGCUUCGGAUACGAUUCUCACGUCUACAUCCUCGAGAAAAGUCAACACAAAGUUCCAGAGGAGGCUCUGAAGCAUGAGAAGUACAGCAGUCAGCUGCAGAUGAGCCUGAAGGCUGCAGAGGGAAACAAGGUGGAGGCCGAUGAGAAACCACGAGCCGAGAAGACCCCGAGUACCAAGAGUCUGACACAAGAAGCUCCAGUGUCUCGGCCCACUCCUCUGUACGGUCAGCCGUCGUGGUGGGGAGAGGAGGAUUAUGGGAGUAAGGUUCAGAGCAGCGAUGAGCCUAACGCAGACGUCCACAGAGAUUUGUCGGCGUUGGAUCCAGACUUUUCCGGCGCUCUGACCGACCCCCAGCAGAAAACACUCUUCCCUUCAUACCAACGGGAACCAAGCUACUUCGAGAUCCCCACAAAGGACUUCCAGCAGCCCAAACCCAUGGGGGCGGAGCUUCACGAGAUCCCCACCAAGGACACGGACACGCCCCAAGCCCCGCCCUCCCCUCCCACCCCGACCCCGCCAGUGGUUCAGAGCCACGCCUCCUUCACAAUUGAGUUCGACGACUGCUUACCUGGCAAGAUCAAGAUCAAAGACCACGUCACCAAGUUCUCCACCCGCCAGAGGAAGCAGCACGCUCUGCCCAACAAGACCGCCAUGGCAACGGCGACGCCGGCAGAGGUGAUGUCAGCGGAGAGCAAGGUGGCCGAUUGGCUGGUCCACAGUGAUGUCAGCAUGAUGAGAAGACGUCCGACCUGUGAGGACGUUUACAGCACAAAGAGUGACCUCGCCAUGAACAUCAGGACGCUGAAAGGUCACCAUCAUGACGAUGGAACCCAGAGUGACUCCGAGGAACCGGAACUCAAAGGCAGUCGGAGUAAAUCCCACCACUCGGUGCAAUCAGAGCAGUCUGAGGCGUCCCUGCAGACCCCCCACACACCUCAGCCCGUCCCCCACCCCCCUCCUCCAGCACAGACUGUCCACCUGCAGUACUCUCCACCUGGACCGGCCCCAGCCUCUCCUGUGGCCCCUGAGCGGCCCCUGUCCCAGAGUCCUCCACAGGCUCAGUCUCCCACCACAGAAACCCCAAUGCAGGGCCCCCCGGAGCACCUCCCCCAGCAGGCCUUCAUCAUCGAGUUCUUUGACGACAACCCGCGCAAAAAGCGCUCGCAGUCCUUCACGCACAACCCCGCCCACGCCGACUCCUACUCCGCCCUCAAGGCCAAGCUGGAGCGGCGGAAAGGUGGCGAGAGGCCGGCGUCUGUGCACGGCCACAUCCCCCCCACCCAGCAGGUGACAGUUCCUCUGAAAGGCCAGGGCCACGGCGGCCCACAGAGGUCAAGUUCUCUUAAGAGGGAGAAGACGGAAGGGGAGGCGGCCUCCUCUGGCUCCUCCUCUCGCUCAUCCUCUGGGAUCACCAUCAGACCCUUCGGUAGCGUCGGCAAGAAGUCCAAGCUGGCUCAGGAGUUCGCUGCUGAAUUUCUGAAGGAUUCUGGUCAGCAAGACUCCUCCUUAACGAGGGACAAGAUGUCCCCACCCCCGAUGUCUGCCCCCCCAGUGAUGGUGUCACCUGCUCAUGCAAGAAUUCCCUCCCCGCAGGAACCUCCUGUAGCGUCCUCAGUGUCCUACCCGACCUCCCCUUUACUGCCUCCUCCGGCAACCUCAAAGUCCUCAGUCCCCUGCAGUGCUGCCGGCCAGACCGCCUCUCCAGUCCACUCAUCUGGACCCCCAAUGUCCCCCAUGGUGCCUCUGGGCGUCCGUGCAGGAGACCUCAGAGGUUCCCCAAGGAUGAUGAGAAAUGAGGAGGACGACAGCCUGAGCGACGCCGGGACCUACACCAUCGAGACCGAGUCCCAGGACCAAGAGGUGGAGGAGGCUCGUAACAUGAUCGAUCAGGUGUUUGGUGUCCUCGACUCUCCAGAGUACAGUGGUGUGAGCACAGGAGUGUAUAGACCUGUAAUAAACGAAGCAAAGGAUGAGCAAGCUAACCUGCCUAGCAGUGGUAGCACUGUGGACCUGUUGCAUGGCUUUAACCCAGCUGCUAUCAGCAGCCCCCCAUCAGGCCCCAUGCAGGUUCCACCUUCCAAUGCAGCAGGUCUGGAAGGACCCAAAUGGGUUUCCCGCUGGGCCAGCCUAGCAGACAGCUAUGCUGAACCUGGUUCCACUCCACCUCAAGGGGAAAGUCUGGAAGAUUUGCGCCUGAUGAGCCGGUCGAUGGGAAAUUUCAGCUACGAUAACUCAGAGUCCGAGUCCAGCCACAGCUCGAGGACCAGAAGGCUGCUGCCCCAGGUGCCUCCGGAGAAGCUGGACAGUGUUCCUCCGAGUAUCCUGAUUCGUCAUGAACCUUACCACGGACAGGAAGCUCUGGACCAACCCUCCGGUGCUCCUCACCACCAGAACUCCCACCAGUGCUUGUCUGUCCAGGAUGAUGUGGACCCAGACAGCCUGAGUGAUGCUAGCCGGUCAGAUGACGGACCUGUUCUGGACAAAACAAAGAAAAACCAGGUCAGAACUGGAUCUGUUUCUCCAGGGGGCACCGGUAAUCAGGUUAGGGGUGCAGAUAAAGUGUCUCCCUCCACCAAAUCCACCUCCUUCUACAUCGGUUCUGAAGACCGUCCAAGCAAACCUGACCAAGCUCGAAGUCCAGUACAGUCUGAUAGGAUACGAGAACCCCCGGCAAAAACUCCCCCAACUACUGUCCUGAUUCGACACCUUAGUGGGCACGAACCAAAGAGGACAGGAGUCAAACCUAACAGCUCAGCUCCCAACCUCCAAAUACAAGACAAGGAUUAUGCUCCCACCAAAGACAGCUGUGUGUCAUCUAUCGUCCGCCAGGAGAGCUUCACCAAAGAGCAGCCAUGUGACACCACCCAGAUGAAGAAACUCCCUCACAUCUCCAGCCAUCCGUCCAUCAGAGACCUGGAGCAGAGGAGGGAGAACCUCCAGGAUUCAGAGUCCUUCUAUCAGGAAGCAGAAGGAACUCUGUCCUCCCUGGACGCAAAGUUCCCCUCAUCUGGAUCCGGUCGGAGCUCAAAGAAAGGAGGCUCCUCCACCCACAUGGAAGACUCCCUGUCUGGUGAGUCAGAUGUGGACACUGCCAGCACUGUGAGCCAGGUGAGCAGCAAAAAUGUUCCAGUUAGUUCUGCUUCUAAAAAGCGUCCUGCCAUUAGCAGCCUCCAAAAGGAGAAGUCCUCUUCCAGCCCAUCCAUCCAAGAGAAGGGACGGCAACUCACGGCACGGGAACGACUUUCAGAGAAACGCAGAAGCCAGGUGACAUCAGAUGCAUCAAACAAGGCAGAAGCAGCAAAACGCUUUCAAAUGCGCCGCAGUGCCGGCAACCGGGGAUCUCUGGAUCUGUCAGAGGGCCAGCAGGGUUCUGGUCAAAAGUGGACAGAAACAACAUCCUCGGACCAUGAAGUUUCUCGCCCAUCCAGCCGUAGCAAGAAAGUGAUCGCUCCUCUUCAGAAAGAAGACAACGGAAAGACGGCAAAGACUACAUCUCAGCAGGUUCUGACACGGUCCAACAGCUUGUCAGCACCAAGACCGACCCGGGCAUCCAUGCUUCGCAGAGCCCGCCUGGGGGAUGCCUCAGAUAACGAAGGUGCAGAGACUGACCGGGCUUCCCAGAAUUCUGAUCACAUUCCUGCUCCCACCAAAGUAUCUGCUGAGGGAAAGAAGCUGUCCCGGCUGGACAUCUUAGCAAUGCCCAGGAAGCGAACCGGUUCCUUCACAACCCCCAGUGACAACGAGACCUCCUCCACGGGCCGCUCGGGUUUCUCCAAUCGCAACUCUGAGUCUGCUGUCACCACCAGAAAGACUUCUGUGGGUGACUCACGUCAGGCAGCUGGGAAAGGCGGUGCCCCGGGGAAGCAACCAUUGACCCGUACCCGAUCCAGUGGAGCCAAGUACCCCAGCACCAGUUCCAGACGCAGGCAGAAGGGCUCAGACUUUUCCUCGUCCUCUGACGAAGAAUACCAGAUGAAUGCCGUGAAUCCCAAAGCCAAGCGCUCCUCCCAUCCCUCCGCCCAGACACCACGCGGCCACCGCUCUGCCGCCACCCGAUCCAAGUCCGUCUCCCUGGAAACAGAGGAGGACGAGGACCAGAACGAGGGGGACCCCUACCAGAACUGGUCCACACACAGCGCUGAGAUUGCCAAGCUCAGUCAGGACCUGGCCAAAGAUCUGGCCAUCCUGGCGAAGGAAAUCCAUGAUGUUGCAGGGGACGGAGACUCCCCAAGCUCUGGCAUGGGCACCACCACCUCCCCUAGCUCGCUGCCCAACAC